UUUUCAGUAUGCACUCAGUCACUAUGAUGCUCGCCUAGCUGAGAGGAGCUUCUUGUGCCCGGCUCCCCUUGUGUGCGUAAAACUUUCAAAUGAAAUCCCAAAUUUAUUUUUGACCAAUUUAGAAUUCGUUCUACUUAGGGUCAAGAGGGAUUCAAGACACUCAAAGAACUUUCCCUGCUAAAGAAAACUUCAGAAUCAUGGAGCCCAAUUCUACGGCGGGAGGGGCUGAGGAAGAGCACCAUGGAAACUACUCACCAAAUCCAUCUGCAGAGGCGCCGCCUGGAAAGCACGCAGUGUCAGAGGCCUUGGAAGAGGUGCAGGAGGAGUUGAUAGAACAUCAACCUCUGGAGCAGGAAGACCUGAACUUUGAGAAAUGGAAGCCCAAGCCCAAACCUAAGAGAACGCUCCACGAGAAAGCAGGCGAUGUGAAGACAUAUCUAUGGAACUCAGAGACCAGAGAGUUCAUGGGCCGCACUGGGCAUAGCUGGUUUCUGAUCAUCCUCUUCUACACGGCACUGUAUGCAUUCCUGGCGGCCAUGUUUGGUGCCUGUAUGUGGUGCCUCAUGCUGUCUAUCAGCCCCUACCAUCCAACCCACAACGACAGGGUGAUGCCACCAGGUAUGACGAUGUCCCCACAACUGGAUGGGCACUAUGAGAUCGCCUUCAAUGCAUCCGACCGCAAGUCUUGGAAGAAGUAUGCAAAGCUAAUGGAAGAACAGCUAAGACCAUACAAUGACGCCGUACAGGAGCAGAGGAACAUCCAGUGUCCGCAGGACGCGUACUUCAUGCAGGAUGAACAAGGGGAAAGCGCAGAGAGGAAGGCGUGCCAGUUCAAGAGGUCCUGGCUGGGCGAGUGCUCGGGGCUCCAGGACCCCCACUUUGGAUUCUCCCAGGGGAAACCCUGCAUCCUCCUCCGAAUGAACCGGAUACUGGGCUAUUUACCUGGCCAAGGCACUCCCGUAAACGUGACCUGUGGAGUCAAGAAAGGUGCGCCAGAAAGCUUAGGAGAGCUUCAGUUCUUCCCAAAAAGCAUUUUCAACCUGAUGUACUACCCUUACUAUGGGAAGCUGAGACAUGUAAACUACACAGCGCCGGUGGUGGCCGUGCGUUUCAAUGGGCUGCAGUACGACACCCACAUUGUUGUAAAAUGCAAACUCAAUGGCAAGGGCAUCAUCAAUGAUUCGCCUACCGAUCGCUUCCUAGGCAGUGUGUCCUUCUCCUUCGAUGUGGGCGCAUAGUAGUAUUCCCCAUGCUGAAUGCUGUCCCCAUGACAACCAGGAGACAAGAGAAUAUAGGAAAAAAUCUCAUUAUGUUGAAUCCUUGUUUUGCAUAAAAUAGUUGACCAGCUUCUCUCUUCUCCCAUUCCCUCAUGUACUCUUGUGCCUUUUGCUGAAAAAAGCAAUCAUUUGGAAUGUUAAUGGAUCAUAAGCACACACACGACACAGACACCUCACUGAUAGUCUUGAGCACAAGCUAAGUAUAGAAACUGAAUAUUACCAUUGAAUACUUAGCUAGACCAAUGCCACUAGCUAGGUUUAUGAAACACAAGGCUCAUCUCACAGGUAGUUAGUCUCUGUAGCUAUGCAAUUUAUAAUUUAAGACAUUAUUAAUAGACAUAAAUACCCACUGUACAAUAAGGAUAUAAGAGGAACAUGUUAAGCACAUUUUGUUUUUAAAUCAAAUUGUGUACUAAUUUCUUUUGAGUUUGUACUUUUCAACAGCAUAUCUAUUGUGUUUUGUAGACUCCAAGGGCUACAAUAUGAAGAAUGGUGAAGGCAGGACACUUUUACUUACACAGUAAGAUAAACAGUAAAUGACUAGGUUACAUUUCAGUAAGAUAAACAGCAAAUGACUAGGUUACAUUUCAGCAAGAUAAACAGUAAAUUACUAGGUUACAUUUCAGUAAGAUAAACAGUAAAUGACUAGGUUACAUUUCAGUAAGAUAAACAGUAAAUGACUAGGUUACAUUUCAGUAAGAUAAACAGUAAAUGACUAGGUUACAUUUCAGUAAUAUAAACAGUAAAUGACUAGGUUACAUUUCAGUAAGAUAAACAGUAAAUGACUAGGUUACAUUUCAGUAAGAUAAACAGUAAAUGACUAGGUUACAUUUCAGUAAGAUAAACAGUAAAUGACUAGGUUACAUUUCAGUAAUAUAAACAGUAAAUGACUAGGUUACAUUUCAGUAAGAUAAACAGUAAAUGACUAGGUUACAUUUCAGUAAGAUAAACAGUAAAUGACUAGGUUACAUUUCAUUUUUUCAUUUUUUUUGUUGAUAGCUCCUUAUUCUACAUUUGUUGAUAAUAUACAUUGAGUGUACAAAACAUUAAUAUUGAGUUGCACCCCCGUUUGCCCUCAUAACAGCCUCAAUUUGUUGGGGCAUGGGCUCUACAAGGUGUCGAAAGCAUUCCACAGGGAUGCUGGCCCAUGUUGCUCCGAUGCUUCCCACAAUUGUGUCAAGUUGGCUGGAUGUCCUUUAGGUAGUGCACCAUUGUUGAUACACAUGGGAAACUAUUGAGCGUGAAAAAAACAGCAGCGUUGUAGUUCUUGACACAAACCGGUGCGCCUGGCACCUACUACCAUACCCUGUUCAAAGGCACUGAAAUCUUUUGUCUUGCCCAUUCACCCUUUGAAUGGCACACAUACCCAAUCCAUGUCUCAAUUGUCUCAAGGCUUAAAAAUCCAUCUUUAACCUGUCUCCUCCCCUUCAUCUACACUGAUUGAAGUGUAUUUAACAAGGGAUCAUAGCUUUCACCUGGAUUUACCUGGUCAGUCUAUGUCAUGGAAAGAGCAGGUGUUCAUAAUGUUUUGUAUACUCAGUGUAUGCUGCCAUUUUGUUUUAUUUUGUAUGAACACAAGACUGCUACUGAGACUGUAAUACUGCAGGCUGACUUUGAUCUCUAUAUUAGCUGAUGGAAAGUAAGAUCUACUGUGGAAACCGACAGAGGUCACAUUGUUGCUAAACUUGUAUGCCAGUCUUGCACACUCUUCAUGAAAUAACAGGCUAUUUUGAUGUAGGCCUAGAAUUAAUCCUUGUUACUGUACCUUUGCUAUGAUUCUACUAAACCUGGUAUCCAUGUAUUUAUUCUGAUAUAUACUAUAAUAAAUACAAUGUUGAUGAGAACAAUGCUUUUUUCCCCCAUAGGAAUGUAUUAUAUAUUUUUUUACAUGCAACUCUUUUCUUACGUUGAAGGUUGUCAAGCACAGUACAUUAAACAUAACUUAUUACACAUGCACAAACAAGAUAAAGUAAUGACUACCCUUUAGCCAUCAUUCUCUGAAGGUCUACUUUUCCCAGAUAUACACUCCCCUACGUAUUUAUUUGGACAGUGAACCUAAAAUUACUCGAGCAUUUUGGAUUUGAGAUCAAAUGUUUUUUUUUGUAUGAGGCGACAGAACAGAAUGUCACCUUUUAUUUGAGGGUAUUUUCAUAUAUAUCGGUUUAGAAAUUUUAGAAAUUAAAGCACUUUAUGUAUCUAGUCCCCCCAUUCGAAGGUGUCAUAAGUAUUUGGACAAAUUCAUUUAUAGUGUAUUACAUUUAGUUAAACGUUAAGUAUUUGGUCCCAUAUUCAUAGCACGCAAUGACUACAUCAAGCUUGUGCCUCUAAGUAAGCUAUUUAUGCUUCUGUAACUCUCACUCAUCAUUAUUCACGAUUCAUUCAUGUUUAUCUGUAAUCAUGGUAGCAUCCAUAUUAAUUUUGAAGUGUUCAGGAACAUAUUCUAUUCUUAUUUACAAUAAAAGUGACUGCAAUAUGACACAAUACAUUAUUUUCCAUUCAUUUCUAUUGCGCAAAACAUAAUCCGUAACAAAACACAACCAAAACAAACUGCAAAUGCACCCAUUGCCAUCCAACAAAUUUGAAGUCAAAAGUUUGAUGUACUCAUUGCGUGCUAGGAAUUUGGGACCAAAUACUAAACUUUAGACAAAAUGUGAUAGACUAAGCCUAGUCUUGUACUAAAAAGCACUUUUAAUGGAGAUUCUCCACAUGCUUUUUAGUCUAGUACUAGACUUAGUCUGUUUCAGGGAAACCAACUCCAUAAGUGAAUUAGUCCAAAUGCUUAUGACACAUUGAAAUAGGGGAACUAGAUAAAGUGCUUUAAUUUCUAAAUGGUAAAACAGAUUUGAAAAUACCCUCAAAUAAAAGGUGACAUUCUGUACUUUCGCCUCAUGUAAAAUAAUUGAUCUCAAAUCCAAAAUGCUGGGGUGCCAAAUUAAAAGUGUUAGCUUCACUAUCCAAAUAAAUAAGUAGGGGUGUGUAUGUUUAAAGGCAUUGCAGAAUGAUUUAUUAAUUUUAUUCAUUAUGUUGAUAUGGUACAGUCAAUGAUCAAAACUGCCUAAAGAUAUGGAGACUCGAGCUAAGAAAUAUUAAAAUGGUGAGCGUAAUUCCAAUUCAUAUUGUUUAAUAAAACCACUGUAGCAAAUGUUAACAAUAAAAAUUAAAUUAUAUUGACUAAUUGAACAA